AUCCAUCACAUGAAGCAUCCCUGAGCCCGGCACGAGAUCGGACUGAACCGUCCCAACCCGGAUUUUUGCUUGUCCUGUUGGGAGCACAGGAAAACUUGAAUAAAGCUUGCGAAGUUCUUCGCAUGUCUAUUCAGCAAGCGCAAACUAUGUGAGAUUGAUCUAUUCUUUGAGCUAGUGGCAGGGCUGAAGUCUCUAUCCCUCUUUCACCAGCCUUCCUUUCCAGACAAGGUUCGUGCAAUGCAGAAUUGUGAUCAUCUUAUCGCUUUAUUUGCAGCCAUGUUUUCCCUCUCCUCGAGGUCGCUCGCAUCCGAAGACUCCACCAGCGGCGGCACUACCAACAAGCUGUCGCAUCGAGAACUUCAUGACCUCUCAUUACAAUACAUCCACAAAGCUUUAGAGGCUUGCUCAAGCAGUGCCCCUCCUCUUUGCCUCCUUCAGGCCCUGACGUUGGCCGGCUUUUACAAGCUAGUCAACGGAGUGUACGGACCAGCUUGGAGGCUUGUCGGCUCUGGCGUACGAAUCGCCUAUGAGCUGCGCCUGCACCUAAUUGAUUGUAAGGGAUCCGACAAAGCACCAACAUGUGACAGUGAGCUCAUGGCUUGGUCCUCGAAUGAGGAACGACGCCGUUGCUGGUGGGCUCUAUGGGAAAUGGACAUCUUUUGUUCGACAAUCACGCGUACUCCUACAGCCGUAGACUGGAGUGCGAACGAGACAUGCCUUCCGAUCAACGACGAAUUGUGGUUUGCGAACAAGUACCAAGCUUCCUGCCUACUUCAAGGAAGUCCUGAAGAACGAUGGAGAAGACUCAAAAGUUCAGGCAAUGAAGAUUCAUUCUCAUGGGCCAUGCUCUUAGCUACCCUGAUGCACGACGGUCAACUACUGUGCCAAGACAGUAUAAAAGGCAUCAUUCCUUAUGCUGAAUGUCAGGAUGGGGACCCAUGGCUCGCCGAGGAGUAUACCCAUGCUUACAAACAAAAGUCAGAAGAGUUCACAGCCAGACUCUCCAGUCUCGUCAGAGCGUGUCAGGAUGUCACAGAAAACCUUCCAGCCAAAUUCUCGUAUGGUGGAGAAUCUCUGUCGUUUGGCUCCGUUGGAGACAAAGAUGCAUUGGCAAUGCGCCGAAUAAGCGGAGGGAAGCACUCCAUUCACAUGAUGACCGCGUCAGCCUGCUUCAUGAUAUAUCAAAAUUAUGUUUUCGCCGACAUCAUCGAAGGGCUGAGUCCCUUAUCAGUCUCCAAAGCCAAUAACGUUCCUUCCGGAGUGAUUACGCCGAACGCAAGCUCAAACGCCCGAGAAGGCUUGCAAAAUUACUUGAAAGCUGGUGACUUAGUGGUGCGACUAGUGGCAAGUUGUCCAGAAGGACACGAGCGAUACGUCAACCCCUAUUAUGCGAGCACCAUAUGGAUCGCCGCCGCCUUACAGGUUCUGAAGAGGGUGGCAUUGCGAGAUAACACGUCCAUGCUUUCCCAGCGUCACUACGGAAUACUACGGCAAUCCUACCUGCGAUAUUACCAGUUCUGGGAAACACCGCUCGCAUUGUUGCAAAACCUUGAUUCCCUGGACGCAAGGCUUGAAGCUCGACAAAAGGAACUCCAUCUAUCGCAAGGCCGAGUCAGGACUCGCCAUGACGAUGACCUGGCAAUACAGGGCCAGACGGCAGGCUCGAUAGGUGAGGAAGCCAUGAUACCUCCAGCAUACCAGCAACAAGUACUGCAAGAUUUACCGGGCCUUUCGGAGACUCAGCUCGAGACAUCCCAGCCAUCUGUCAAUGGCCCGGAUGGGACCUUCCCCAAUUUGCUCCCGGAAGAUGUAGAUUGGCUGGCGACUAUGCCUCCAGGAGUUGAUGAUUCGUUGAGCCAGUUUGCUUUCUCGGGGGAGUGCGACAGCGCCUGGUCGAACGAGCUGUUCAUGGGCGAUCUGGCGUGGUAUUCUACUGAUGUUAUGGCGGGCCUCUUUGAUGGAUAUACUGUAUGACAUCGGGUACAUGGGAGUCAAGACGCGGCUCUACGGGACGGACUUACUCACGUGUUGCCUCGCUUCUGCACAUACAAACGUGUGGUAUCUGCCGAGUUCUUGCGAUUAUCAUGUUUGAAGCAGCGGAACUCGAAGUUAAUGAAUUUGUUUUUGAACUCAUUCAAUUCAUGACGCGCUUGAGGUGCUACAGGAAGUGUUCGUCAAAAGGGAGCGCCUGUACGAACCGGGAAAUUGUU